ACUUGACGUCGCCAUUUUGUGUUUGUUUCUUCCUGAAGUUUCACUUCAUAGUUGACGAUUUUCCCCCAGAUUUCUAAGAAGUUAACUAACAAUGGGUGCGUGUUUGGCACUGGGUUCCCUGGCAAGUUGUGCAUCCUGCUUGUGUGGCUCGGCAUCCUGCCUCCUGUCCUCAUGCUGCCCUUCAACCAACAACUCCACAAUCAGCCGGCUGGCCUUUUCCUUCAUGCUGAUGCUCGGGACGCUGGUGUCCAUCAUCAUGAUUCUCCCUGGCAUGGAGGAACACCUUAAAAAGAUUCCAGGUUUCUGUGACGGUGGCUCAACCUUACCUGGCUUAAACAAGGUGAACUGUGACGUCAUCGUGGGCUACAAGUCCGUGUACCGAAUGUGCUUCUCCAUGGCCUGCUUCUUCUUCCUCUUCUCCAUCCUGAUGAUCCGAGUGCGCAGCAGCAAGGACCCCCGAGCCGCCAUCCAGAACGGUUUCUGGUUUUUCAAGUUUCUGUUGCUGGUUGGCAUCACUGUGGGAGCUUUCUUUAUUCCAGAUGGCACUUUUAAUACAGUGUGGUACUACUUUGGAGCAGUGGGAUCUUUCAUCUUCAUCAUCAUCCAGCUCAUUCUCCUGGUGGACUUUGCUCACUCCUGGAAUCAGUCCUGGCUGGAAAAGGCUGAAGAGGGAAACUCCAAGUGCUGGUUUGCAGCUCUGCUCUCCUUCACCGGCAUCCACUAUAUCCUGGCUUUCAUUGCCGUCGUGCUCUUCUACGUGUUUUACACUCAACCUGACGGCUGCACCGAACACAAGGUCUUCAUCAGCCUCAACUUCCUGUUCUGCAUCAUCGUGUCCGUCGUGUCCAUUCUGCCAAAAGUUCAGGAAGCUCAGCCCAGCUCCGGCCUGCUGCAGGCCUCCCUCAUCUCCCUCUACACCAUGUAUAUCACCUGGUCGGCCAUGACCAACAACCCCAACCGGCAUUGUAACCCCAGUCUGCUGAGUCUGGUCCAGCCGAACAGUCCCACUCCAGCACCAGGUCCUGCUACUCCUGCUCCCCCACAAAACGUGCAGUGGUGGGAUGCACAGGGCAUCAUGGGCUUGAUCAUUUUCGUGUUCUGCACGCUUUACGCCAGCAUCCGCUCCUCCAACAACGCUCAGGUGAAUAAACUCAUGCAGACUGAGGAAGGCCGGGAUCUGACCACCGACUACGAUGGAGCGUCUGGAGAAGACGGGGUUCAUCGUGCCGUGGACAACGAAGAAGAGGGCGUGACCUACAGCUACUCCUUCUUCCACUUCAGCCUCCUGCUGGCUUCUCUCUACAUCAUGAUGACCCUCACCAACUGGUACAAGCCCAACACGGACCUAGACGCCAUGCCCGCCGUGUGGGUGAAGAUCAGCUCCAGCUGGAUCGGCCUGGCCCUGUACCUGUGGACCCUGGUGGCUCCGCUGGUGCUGCCGGACCGAGACUUCAACUGAACAUGCUGAAGUCCCUCCAGCACCUGCGUUAAAACCCGCUUCAGCCUGAAAUCAUUCCGCUUUCACCAUUCAGAUUCCUACAACUCUAUUUGAAAAUGGUAAUAUGCUUUACAGAAGGUAUCUAGUUCUAUAAAUGUUUGUUUCUGUGCGGGGGAAGUUUGUGUCUUUGCAGAAAGGGGAUGGUUUAACUUUGAUCACAUUCCAAAUGCUCACCUCUGGUCAUUUUCAUUUUAAACUUCAGUUACUGAAAUGCCUCAGAGCACUACACACCUCAGUAGAAGAAGAUGAAGUUAAUCUGAAAUGAUCGUUCCAAGCUCAAGCUGUUAUUGUUCUUUAUAUCCCACGUUGCUGUUUUUGUUAUAUCUGGGAUCUACUUUUGCCAGUUGUGCCAUUACUACUCUUCACUGUAUGUUUAUCCAGGUCUCUAGUUUUGUAUCAAAUACUUUAUCAUAUUUCACACUUUAGCAGUUCAGAGGAACCAUUUAAGUGAUUAUAUUCACCAAGUUGCUUUGUGGUGAAUUCUAAG